AAUCUCUAUCAGUCGUAUUUUACAAAUGUUUAUUAAACAUGAAGUUGGCUGCAGUGUUAACUUAACCUGUCAGAAAUCCGAGUAUGCUAGUACACUAGUAUUAUAACCGACUUGUGACCACGUACAUACGUAUUCGCUGAUUUCAAAGGAAGAGUUUUAGCUGUGUAUGUGGUUUAAAUAGUGCUUUGAAAUUUUCUGUUAGUAUCCCGAUAAACAAAUUACCUCUAAUACUGAAUCACUAAUUAUAAGAGUGCAACGGUUAGUUAUGUGGUCGUAAACUUAGCGCCAGGACUUUAAUCUUCGAAUAAGAAUGUACCUGGCAAGGUUACUUUGAUUAUUCAUCUUUGCAAGUCAUUCCAGCAAUAUUACAAAGCUAUCAAUUAUUUGAAAAGAUUACUUCGUUCAGUAAUGGAGCAGGAAGUGCAAUAGGGGAAACAAUUCAAAAUGUAAUAGAAGAAAAGAAUGAGUUAUUGAAUACCAAGUAACUAGACUGAGGUUGACCUGACAGGGACUCGGUUCUAAAAUGUCUGGACAUAGGAGCACCGGUGGUAAUGGGAGCCAUCAAGGCGGUCCUCAAGGUUUAAAGCAAAUUGAUCUUGAUCAAAUCUGGGGUGAUCUUAGAGAGGGUAUAGAACAAGUUUAUAAACGACAAACGAUGCCCAAACCCAGAUACAUGGAGCUGUAUACACAUGUUUAUAAUUACUGCACAAGCGUACAUCAGCAGUUGAACAGUAGAUCAGCAAAGAGUAAGAAAGGCCAAAUUACUGGAGGUGCUCAGCUAGUAGGCCUAGAAUUAUACAAACGUUUGCGAGACUUUCUUCGGAACUAUCUCAUCAGUUUGCUCAAGCAUGGAGUCGACCUGAUGGAUGAGGAUGUGCUCCAAUUUUAUACUCGACAAUGGGAGGAGUACCAGUUCAGUAGCAAAGUAUUAAAUGGAGUAUGUGCGUAUCUGAAUCGUCAUUGGGUACGUCGAGAAUGUGAAGAAGGUCGUAAAGGAAUCUGUGAGAUUUACCAGCUGGCUCUGGUUACGUGGAGAGAUAAUUUAUUCAAACAUCUCAACAAGCAGGUGACCAACGCGGUGUUGAAAUUAAUAGAACGGGAAAGAAAUGGAGAGACUAUCAAUACCCGUCUUGUGAGUGGCGUUAUUAAUUGCUAUGUUGAACUUGGACUGAAUGAAGAAGAUCCAGGUGCCAAAGGACAAAAUCUCACGGUAUACAAGGACUCAUUUGAAAAUGUUUUUCUCGAAGACACUGAGCGAUUUUAUAUGCGCGAAAGUACAGAGUUCUUACGUCAAAAUCCUGUUACAGAGUACAUGAAAAAGGCCGAACAAAGGUUAUUGGAGGAACAAAAACGUGUGCAAGUAUAUCUUCAUCAAACUACUCAUGAACGGUUGGCGAAAACAUGCGAAAGAGUCCUUAUCGAGAAGCACUUGGACAUUUUUCACUCGGAGUUUCAGAAUCUAUUGAACGCAGAUAAAAAUGUUGACUUAGGUCGAAUGUACCAGCUGGUUGCUAGAAUACCAAAUGGUCUUGGUGAAUUACGUAACCUUUUGGAAAGUCAUAUAGCUAAUCAGGGCUUAGCUGCCAUUGAUAAAUGUGGCGAUUCUGCAGCCAACGAUCCUAAAAUAUACGUGAACACUAUCUUGGAAGUUCACAAGAAGUAUAACGCUCUGGUAUUGGUUGCCUUCAAUAAUGACAGCGGAUUUGUUGCCGCACUAGACAAGGCAUGUGGUCGAUUUAUCAACAGUAAUGCCGUUACCAGGGCUGCAAACAGCAGUAGCAAAUCACCAGAAUUAUUGGCAAAGUACUGUGAUCUGUUACUUAAGAAGAGCAGUAAGAAUCCAGAGGAAGCUGAACUGGAAGACACGUUAAAUCAAGUUAUGGUUGUAUUCAAAUACAUCGAAGAUAAAGAUGUAUUCCAGAAAUUCUAUAGCAAAAUGCUUGCGAAGCGACUCGUUCAGCAUAUGUCAGCUAGCGAUGAUGCUGAGGCAUCAAUGAUUUCCAAGCUCAAACAGGCCUGUGGAUUUGAAUACACUUCUAAGCUCCAGCGGAUGUUCCAGGACAUUGGGGUGUCAAAAGAUUUAAAUGAGCAAUUCCGAAGGCAUUUGGUAAAUUCUGCAGAACUGCUAGACAUAGACUUUAGUAUACAGGUGCUGUCUUCUGGUUCAUGGCCGUUCCAACAAUCAUUCACAUUUUCUCUACCUACAGAGCUCGAAAGAUCUGUGCAUAGGUUUACAACAUUCUACAGCUCUCAGCAUAGCGGAAGAAAAUUAAACUGGUUGUAUAACAUGUCCAAGGGGGAGCUGCAUACUAACUGCUUUAAAAACAGGUAUACUCUACAAGCUUCUACUUUCCAAAUGGCAGUGUUACUACAGUACAAUGGCGCUACGCAUUGGACGGUACAGCAGUUAUGCGAUGCUACGCAAAUCAAAAUGGAGUUUCUUUUGCAGGUUAUUCAGAUCCUUCUGAAAGCCAAGCUAUUGACUACGGCUACCAAUGACGAUGAUGCCGAUUUAACUCCAUCGUCCAAUGUCGAACUUUUCACAGGGUACAAAAAUAAAAAAUUAAGAGUGAACAUAAAUAUACCGAUGAAAACUGAACUGAAAGUUGAACAAGAAACGACUCAUAAGCACAUAGAAGAAGAUCGUAAGUUACUUAUUCAAGCUGCCAUUGUCAGAAUUAUGAAAAUGCGUAAAGUUUUGAAACAUCAACAACUUGUUGCGGAAGUUCUAAACCAGCUCAGCUUAAGAUUCAAACCGAGGGUACACGUUAUUAAGAAAUGUAUAGACAUUUUAAUAGAAAAAGAAUAUCUAGAACGGACAGAAGGCCAAAAGGACACGUACAGUUACCUAGCAUGAUCUUUUUAAGAAGACAGCAAAUAGCGAAUCUGCUGCUUACCAGAAUGAAAAAUUACUUUUAUCAUCGAUACGCGUUCGUUGCUGAAUCUAUGUUUCGAUAUUUAUUAUUUACAUCGCACACAAAGUUCUUGUAUAUGUAAGAAAGAGCCCCCUUGUAUGGAAUUGUCCAAUCGAUCGCAUUUAGAAACUGGCUUUUUAUAACACAUCAAUAAAAUUGUUUCAUAGUUAUCACAUCCGUCAAAGAAUUUGAGAUUAACAUCAAACGGUCGUGCCUGGCUAUUUUUAUCUACCCUGAUUGUUUCAGGACAUUUUCAUCGAGUACUUCAUGUUUUCGAUUGAAUUCUCAUUAUUCUUCGCAAUAAUCUACCCAAUGAACGAGCACGUCUCCAAUAAAUUGGUCAAAACGAACCUUUUAUCAGCGGAAGAACAAAUAAAAACUCGGAAAGUUCUCACGCACCGUUCCUUUUCUACGUAAGAAAAAAAAAUGCAACAAAUCACCUUUCAAACAAUCAUCAGUGUCACAAAUCGAAUCAAUUGCACCCUUAUUGUGCCUAAUAAAGAGGAGAAAUCAA